AUGUUGGAGGAACAGUUGUUGUGUGAGGAAAGAAUUUUCUCGCAGUUAGUGAGAGUAGAAAUAAAACGAACCUGGAUCCGGAUUCGACCGGGUUUCACAGCAAUUGUGGAGGUGGAAAUCUAUGAUCGGGGAUACUCGGAAGGAGAUUGCAAUGCAGAGGCAGGUACCACCUCUGACUACCACUAUAAGUUUGCCCCUGAAGGCGAAGCUGGAAAAGAAAUAAACUCAGCGUAA